AAGAAGGCUGAGGGACCAACCAAGCAGGCACCUAAGCUAAGCUAACAGGAGCACCAGGCAAGGCAAGCUCCUAUCUGCUGCUAUAACAACAGAACAUUACUUUCCUCCUAAACUGUCAGUUGCAAGUAUACUACGAGCACCAUUAAAUGUGUCUUCUUUAGGAACAACAGAAGGAAAUGGUACGUUCUUGCAGCUAGGCGUUUUAUUGAACCAUGAUACUGGAGGAUUGUUGAUGGAGCGAUUGCUGAAGUCAUGAGCUGAAGUUCAUCUGUGCAAAGCACAGCAUCAGCCAUGUCUCUCCACUGUCUCCUUCGCUGUACCAUCAGACUAGAAAGAAAACAUUUAGCAACAAAUUUAUUCCUGCAGAGAGCUCUGUCUGGAGCAGAUGCUGUCAAUGCUCUGAGGCCAUUUUACUUUGCAGUCCAUCCUGACUUCUUUGGUCAAUAUCCCAGGGAACGGGAAGUGAAUGAAAAUUCCUUAAAGAGGUUGAAUGGCUACUUGGAAAAUCUCCAGAAAAGUGGCCCACGUUCAGUUCAGCCAUUGAAACUCACCUUUUAUGUGAGAGACACAAAGGAUAGCGGUGACAUGCAGCAAGAGCUCCUUACUUCAGGUUUUCGUUCGGUGAGCUUUGUCCUGCACACGAAUGAUAUCCUGAGCACAGUGACGAAUGUGUUAAAGUCCUGCAGUCUGCCCAUGGAACACAUGAAGGGAUUUAAAGGCGUGACUCAAGCUUCCCAAAGUCCUGCUGAAGCCACCAUUCCUUUCUACAGACCCAUCAAGUGGGAUAAGAACUACUACACCUUCACUGGCUGCAGAGACCCCGAGGAGGAGCUCCAGCAGGCCACAAGAGUGGAGCCUACUCUCAACAUGUGGCUUCAAAACAAUGAAUCAGAGGCUACAAAGAAGCUCCAUAAUAGUCUUCCUCGGAGAGAAGAACUCAAACGGUUGAAGAGGGAACUGUGCCACAAGUUUGACCUGGCUGACAUCAGGUGGCAGCGCAGUUGGGGAGUGACCCAUAAGUGUUCUCAGCUUCAGAGUCUCAAUCGACUGUCAAUGCAGAAUCCAGAGGGAAUGCUCAACCUUCAAGGUCACACUGUUGUGUUUGCUGACCAAUCGGGGAUGAACACCUGUGGGCAUGUCAUGCUGGGAACUACGGAUGUUCAUCAUCAGUGGACCAAACUGUUCGAGCAGCUUCCCAGCUUCCGUGUCCUGCAUCAGCAGGCCGAGAGGCUCAAGGAGAGGAUCAGUCUUCUCCUGGGUGGAACGCAAGUCGUUCAUGGAGAGAGGCUGGGACUGGUCGAGCCCAUUGCAGAGCUCUAUAACACCCUUAACACCUUCCAUAACAAUCUGAUAUCACAGAGGCUAUCUCUACACCCCAGAAGCCUUGAGGGGCUCAACAUGAUACUGAAGAAGGGCCGGUGUAGUCCUGACCUUCAUGAGAUGGGUCACUUCAUCAUACCUACCAAUUGUGACCUGCUCAAGCUCCAGGCUUUCCUCCAGAGCCACGCACCCAGUGCCAGACAACGCUCUCAACAUAGAAAACUACUGCAGGAAGAGGAGGAGGCUGUGAUGAAGCUCUGUCUCCAGAGUCUCUCUCUUCAAGGUCUUUCCAAGGAGCCCAGUGUCACCUCCAGCCAGAUAAUUCUUUGUUGUAAAAGGUUGUUGGACCAGCGUUCACCCCUCAUGCUGGGCCUCCAUGUUUGUGUUUCCCACUUUUACUCAGUCAUGCAGGAUGGAGAACUUUUUAUUCCAUGGGACUGGAAAGGUUGAAUCCAACAUGGUUUAGUCAGUCCACAAAGCACCUUUCGCGUAGUGCUUUAUUAAUGUGAACCUACAUCUGUUGGUUUUCAACAAAUGGUCAGGCAAUUUACAAUGACCUGAAUGAUGACUUAUUUAGGAACUAUUUAAUACAGUAACUGACAUAAUUUCAGAGGACACAUUUUUUUGCUGAGGAAGACCAAAAAGAGGAGUCAUGUUUGUAUUUAAACUGUAAAUUUUGAGAAAAUGGUCAUUACUGCAAAACAGUAGUUGUGGAACAUGAAGACUUGGCAAGGGGUCUGAUAUUGGUUGUAUUCAGGUGGGGGUCAGUGUAGUUCAUGUAAAUUUAAACUUCACAGUUAGCUCAGUUCUACUUGUACUUACACAUUGCUCAGUCCUUUUUAGUUAUUAUUUGGUUAUUUGGACACAUGACAGUGAAUUGUUCUCUGUGAUCUAUACUUUUUUGUGGAAUUUUGUUUUUAACCAAAAUAAAAGUUGGCUUGCUAUUG